AUGCCUUCUUCCAAGAAGAAGUUCCCGCCGCAACCCAAGGUCAAAAAGAUCUUCCGGUCCAUCAAAAGUCCACCCAGAAAGGUAGAUCGCGUCAAAGAUGAGCCUGCUACAACAACUCCUGUGGUUUACCAACAUGUCCAACAUGGUGGUCGUGAGGACUCCAAGGAGCAAGGUGUCAGCAAAAAGACAGUCAUUCAGCUUCAAGAACAAACCUCACCCGCCAGCAGUGAUUAUGCCUCUAGCGCGUGGCUAUCUGAUCAAGAGUCUGAUAGCUCUUCCGGAUCCGAGAUUUAUUUUGAUGCCCAAGAAACUAUUCUCGACCCUGGCGAUCAGGAGAUUGCGGCUCAUGAUGAUGAAAGCGAACCCGUGAGCAACAUGAUGACCCAACACCAUCAAACCAACAUCCCCGGCAAAGGAAAGGAAAAAGAGAUGACCAACAAUGAUACGAGGCUCGACCACCAGCAGCAACAUCAGGCCCAAGGAAUCCUACAAAAGCUCUCCCCAGAAUUGAUAAUCGAGAUCAUGCUGCUUCUUCCACAUAGCAGCCUAUAUAUCCUCCAGCAGACCUGCCAAAAGUUCCGUCAGCUGUCAAAGCGAGAUAUAUUCAAGACGUUCAACCUAGAGUUUCGAGACGGGCCAGAGAGCUAUUGUAUCAGCGAGGAUGGCUACCAACAACGAAAGCUCAUUCGGGACAUCUUUGCUCGCAAAACUCUCUGUCGAGAAUGUAACAACCACCGCGAUUCGGGCAAGUUACAAGAAGCGAUGCAAAAGCUCUACGAGCUGCAGUACUGCCACGGAUGUAAAGCCAGUCAUCCUGCGCUGUUCUUUUCUCCCGAAGAGAAAGGGAAACGAUAUACGCAGUGCUUGGGUCGAAUGGGAAAUUUCCCCCUCUGCUCGCAUGUGUCUCUUGCAGGACUGGACAUGGUGACUCUGGCCAAUAUCGGUGGACAGAAUGAAACUAUCGAGUGCGACGACUUGAGCCACAAACUAUCCCCUUACCUUUACGAGAAAAUCGAGACUCCCCACGUCUGUCUCUCGAGUACAAGAGCAUGGAAAGAUGGCCCCAUGAAGUACGACUUGGGCUUUACAUUCAGUUCAACCCUCCACCUUGUGGUCCUUGAUGGAUGCUCGGACAAACAUACGAAAGAAGCCAUUCAGCAGUUCAAAAAUGGUUCCUAUGCCGAAUUUGACACAAAAGCUCUAUGCAAACAUUUCUCCAGCGAGAUCCUGGAUGAGUGUAUUGCUCCCGGCCCAUCCAAGUGCUCCUGCUUCCCACGAUCAGAGGAGAGGUUCAUCGAAUGUGGGCUUUGGAAGCCGACACCCAGCACGACCUGCAAGAUUUGCAAAGCCGAUUAUCACCUGGGCCUGCAGCAAGACUGGCGACUUCUAGGCAUCCCUGGAUCGGUACGUGGAACUAUUGCUAAACCAAAGAAACGCGUACAAACAAUGGUAGAUCUCAGGAUUGACAGAGAGUUUUGGGUAAAAACCUUCCUUGAACCCUCGUGGCUCUUCAAUCUUACAUACAACCGUGAUGAGGAGUGCGACCCCCGACUCAAACGAAACCCCCUUUUCAACGAAGAGAUGAAACACGUACUGUGGUGCCACAACCCUGGUUGUGCGACGGGAUCCGAACGUCGAUGGGAGAGAAUGGCUUUGUUGUAUAUAAACGACGCUUUUAACAAAGGGGAGCUCGAGGACGGUAGUGAUACCCACAAGAAGCAGGCUAGAGAUAUGGCCUGGCUGUCGCUUGAGUAUGACGUCUUUAAUGACUUGACAACUCGAGCGGCGUCUGAAUCUUGA